UCCACCACCACCACCACUACCAUCACCACUAUAAUCACCACUACCAUCGCCAUCCCCGUAUUUCCAGCGCCGUCAGGUCCCAGAUCCCAGUGCCCGCCAUGACCUCGCGGACCACUAACGGCAACUAUCGUGCCUACCAAGGUCCCGCACGCCAUCAGGGAGCGGCUCCAAAUUUGUUGCACGUUCCGGAUGCCAGACUGGUGCUGAUUGCUUCCCUAAUCCCGGACAUCUUCACCUCCAAGCGCAUCCUUGACAUUGGCUGCAAUACUGGUGUUGUCUCCACCCAGCUAGCCAUCGAUUUCAAUGCUGCUUCUGUCCAUGGCGUCGACAUCGACUCGUCCUUGAUCGACAAGGCAGAAUAUUACUACCUUCACCGCAGCUCUCGCGUUCUUCCGGCAACUGCUGAGACCGCAAAGGUUCCUGACUAUUUUCCUUUGUCUGCCGUCCUGGACGCUGGUGUUCGAGCCAAACAUGCAAAGGAUGACAACGUCUUCUUCGUCGCCGAAGACUGGGUGACUUCGUCUGAUCAUACUGAGACAGCCGGCCCGUUUGACACCAUACUCGCGCUCAGUCUUGUCAAGUGGCUGCAUCUCAAGCACGGAGAUGACGGUCUGCGCAACUUCUUUGACAAGUGCGCCAGAACCCUGGCUGCCGGUGGCCACCUCGUGAUUGAGCCCCAGCCGUGGGUAUCGUACGAAAAGGCCAUUGCGCAGAUGAAGGCCCCACAGUACCAGGAAAGCUUUAAAAGCUUGAAGCUGCGACCGGAUGACUUUCCCAGGGUGCUGAAAGAAGUUGGAUUCGACCUUGUAGCCAGCUCGACGGCCCUUGCACGAGACAUCUUUGUGUACAAAAAGGCAUGAAGCGGUCUGAAGGUGGGAGCCUGCCUGUAGGUAGCAGCGUACGGCAAUACCAGAUGCCUUCAUACGACACACGCAUAAACGUGGUCACUUGUGCACAGCUUGAAAAGACUUGGCUGAGACAUUCGAUAUAUUCAGUAAGGCUGUAACAUCAAGACGUGUG